AUGGCUCUGCGUAACUUGUUGACGUUCUCCCUGGCACUACCCACUUUCUCAAUCGCUGCGACACUCUACGCAACUCAUUAUGACGGCAAUGUCUACAAACUCUCGCUUGAGGGCGAAGGUGAUGAAGUUUCUCUCAAGCAAACUCAAGCACUGCAGACAUGCGGUAAAGCCCUGAGCUGGCUCACGGUUGACCUUGAGCAUGGACUCCUAUGGUGUUCUGACGAGCCAUCGUCGGGGUCUUUGACGUCGUUAGAGAUUGGAAAUGACGGGGCCUUGAAAGAGAUGGUGAAAGUUGCCGCUCCCAAUGGUGGUGUCAAUAGCAUCAUCUAUCCUGGGGAGAACGGUAAGAAUUACUUAUCUAUUGCGCAUUACAAGAUAGUGUGGCCCUACGAGGUGUUGAACUUCACCCUCGACAAUCCUGGCAAGGCCCCGCAGGAUCAGUCGCGUCCGCAUCAAGCCCUUCUCGACCCGACGGGUUCGUUCCUCAUUUCACCUGACUUGGGAGCGGACUUGGUUCGUGUGUUUUUGAUAGACAAGGAGUCAGGUAAACUGCAUGCCGGGCCGCGAUUUGGAGAGUUCAUGGACUCCGCGAAGGAUACCCGAGAAGGAAAUACCACGUUGUACAUGGUAGAAGAGUUGGGCGACCGUUUGUGUUCAUUUGAAGAGUUGAGCUGUUUCGUCCCUUAUCCCGGCUAUAAACUCCCCACGAAUACGGCUACACUAUCUAGCAUUCAGGUAAAUAACCACAGCCUACAUAUUUCCGUAAGGAAAGAUGGCGAACUUGACGGAAAGGAUUCUCUAGUGACGCUGAAACUUGCCUCGGAUGGAACGGUUAUCCAAGAGCAGUCACUCUUUCCCUCGGGUGGGAUUAUGCCUCGAACGCUCGCGAUCAAUAAGAAAGGGGAUUAUGUUGCUGUAGCCAACCAGGAGACGUCGAAUGUUGUAAUUGCGAAGAGAGACUUUAGGGCUAGGGAAUUGCUGAAAGAAGUGGCUUCUCUGCAGGUUGGGCUGGUGCCACAACCCGGACAAUGGAUGGGCUUGAGCAGUAUCCUGUGGUAUGAAUAA